AUUGAUUGCACCAUCUUUCUUGGGAGGAAUGUGAAUGAUGUCUUGCUCUCUUUAAAGAAUUUUUUUUUUCUUGAUCAGUACAAAAAGUGGUAAUCACUGUAUGUUCAGUUAGACUAAAGCAACUGUAGAUAAUAAUGAGUUUCAUCCAAGUACACUGUCUGAUGGAAUAGUUGCAAUACCAGUAUCCUGUGAUUCAGAAAAGAUUUGAAUAAUCCUUCUGUUGCCUGGAAACAAAUGGACCACAUCUGCUGUCACCUGCAUCAGAAAAAAACAUUGCUGCAAAUCUUGGCAUCAAUGAUGUACAGUAUGAACAGAACAGCUCUCAUCAAGAUAAAAAGGCAACUAUUUUUUGAUGAUUAUUUGCUUUUCACAGUGCACGUUUAGCAGUCGGUUUAAUUAAUUCUGGGUAAAAAUAUAACAAUAUUGACGGAUAACUUUUUAGCAUGAUGAGAACUUUGUGAAUCCUUCUCCUAUGAUCCUGCUCUUGUGUUUCCAAUUCGAGGAUUGGCUCCUCUCCCGAGCUCUAGCUUGGAUUACACCUCCACCAACGUCUCAAGCGGCGAAAUAAUAAUUCUUCAUAACAAUGUCUGUUAGCACCAAUGCAUCGGUCCCACCUGUAAUGGAGCCAUGUAUCUCAGAUCUAGAAGCCACUGUGAUCGCAGGCAUCGUCUCGUUGCUAACGGCGAUCAUCUUCAUCAGCAACAUCACCGUCAUUGUGGUCAUCUUGCGGACCCAGGCCAAACACCACUCGGGCUACAUCUACACAUUAAGCCUAGCUGUAGCUGACAUCUUUGUAGGAUUCAUGUGCAUCGUUCAUAUUGGGAUCUACUUUGCGGACGUUACAUCAACAACAUGGUGUCUGUGGGAAGUCUUCAUGUUCAUUUCAUCUUGUAGCGCUAGUGUGUCAAGUAUCAUCUGUAUCGCAUUUGAUCGUUACCUCGCUAUCACCAAACCUAUCCUUUAUAAUACCCGCAUUCGAGACCAUACUGGUUAUGCAAAGACCACCGUGGCAGUUGUGUGGAUUUUGUCGAUAGUUUACGGCUCCUUGCCACUUCUUGGCUGGCGGACGUUUAACUUUGUUCCUUGCAGACAUUGUUGGUUUGCAAAUAUCCUUCCCGCAAGCUUCGUCAUCACACUCUUCAUAACGCAAUUCAUCAUCCCUGUCGUCAUUCUUAUGUUCUUCUAUGGGAGCAUGCUUCAUGUGUCGCUGCGCCAGGCAAACCAGAUCGCUGACCUCGCGGGUAGCUUCCACGCGUCCUCUCGGUGGGAGCCAAGGAAACGAGCAGUCAUCACGCUCUCUCUCAUCAUGGGCUGUUUCUUUGUGACGUGGGGACCAUUCUUUGCUACUCUCUUCACUCACAUCAUCACCAAGAACCAAACAUUCAAGAUCGUUAUUCAUUCCUACCUCUUCAUCCUUGCAAUAAGUAACUCUUGUCUCAACCCUCUGGUCUACGCUUACUGGAACAGAGAGUUCCGUAAUAUUUUCAGCAGGUGGUUUGUCCAAGAAGGAAGGAAGAUACGACAUUCCUUGACGAGUAGGAGGAAAACAAUUACAUUCAUAUCAGGGAAUUAUGGCAGUCGAUCACAGACAACUUCUACACAGUAAUCAAUACAUUGUUGAAAGCUGAUGUUUAUGUUCAAUAUUUUUCUCACUUUGGUGAGUGCAGUGAUUAAAAGGCUAGUACAGUAGUUAUAUGUUUCAAAAGAAGAAGGCUUUAUGUACCAUUAUAGAUAAUCACAGACUUUUCAUUUCAAAUAUUGUUUAGUUAGAUUGAUGUGUAACAUGUUUUAUUAGG